CAUUCUGUUGACGUGGCGGGGGCAGUGGUUGCAAACCGAGCUGGCGGGCCGACCGGCCGCCUGGGACCAAGCCCGGCUGAAGGAAGACGGACUAGCGGACAGAUGCCCCCAAUGGAGCUGGCGUUGGACCCAGAUGGCCAGGACCUGCUGGACUUCCUGGUAGAGGAAAGCGGAGACUUGGGGGCGGUUCCCGACGAGGCUCUGGAGGCUCCGGAGGAUUGGGGGCUGCCGCUUGCUGACCCCGUGCAGGUAGACAAUGAUUGGGAUGUAGAAGAUUUCCUGAGCUCGCUGCUGAGUCCGCCUGCAUCCUCCUCCAGCCCCUGUUUGGUCGGCCAUGAUCACACCUACUCCCUCCCGCAGGAACGUAUCUCCAUAGAUCUAGAUUGCGGAAGCUGUGGAACACAGGGGGUCCAAACGAAUCCACUGCUUGUGGCGGAAUCAGCAGAACAGAUUACUAGGUUGAUGCUGACAGAUGAGGAAAAGAGGCUUUUGGAGAAGGAGGGGCUUACCCUGCCUGAGAUACUUCCUCUCACUAAGAUGGAAGAAAAAAUUUUAAAACGUGUGCAGAGGAAGAUUCGAAACAAAAAAUCUGCUCAGGAGAGUCGAAGGAAAAAGAAGAUGUACGUGGGGGGUUUAGAGGACAGGGUCCUGAAAUACACAGCCCAGAAUAUGGAGCUACAGAACAAAGUACAGCUUCUGGAGGAACAGAAUUCGUCCCUUUUGGAUCAGCUGAGGAGACUCCAGGCCAUGGUGGUUCAAGUAUCAAACAAAACCAGUAGCAGCAGCACCUGUGUUCUGGUUCUACUGUUCUCCUUCUGUCUCCUUUUCGUGCCUGCCAUGUACUCCUCAGACACAAGGGGGAGCCUGCCAGCUGAACACAGAGUGUUGUCCCGCAGGCUCCGUGCCCUCCCCAGUGAGGACCAUCACCAGCUGGAGCCGCCUGCCCUGCAGUCCAAGGCGUCGAAAGAUAGCUCAGGCCAUGGGCCCCAAACUCCUGGCAACUCUUGCUGCCUCCUCUGCGUGUCUCAGGCUUGUGAUGCAGAGCUUCCCCUCACGUUGCCAUCCCCAGAUCCCUUCUCAGAGCCCCCCUGCCUGGAACCCACCCUGCUCCUGCAUGCAAAUCUCACACAGGAGAAAUGGCUCACUCUCCAGAGCCCCACACAUGUCAUCUCACAGGGCAAAUACUCAGACUCAGCAUCAGUAUAUGGGGGACUUCAGCAAGAGCUUGGGGCCCCCAGUCUGCAUCCAUAUAAAAAGGAAUAGGAGAGGGCUAGCCUCAGCUCCUGUGCCCUGUCAAGAAGCCUGAGGGCUCACAUACACUACUACUUAAUGGUUUUCUGGGCCUUUUCAUUUGCACCCAUCUAGUCACCCCAUGAUUGGGCCUGGGGGCAUCAACUGACUUUGAACAUUGCAUGCACUGAGGGGAAGGGAAGAAAUAAAUAAGUGAUUCUGAUGCCUGGA